AUGACGAUUUGACUCCACCUCAUGAUGCCAUUUAGCAACAGAUGAGCAACGUUGAAUGUUCAUUUCUUGCAGCCCCACUGUCCAAGCUUUGACUUUAAACUUGCGCAUAAACGGGACUAAUUUCCGGUUGUGUAAUGUUUACCGGGGUGCGCCCCUUCACCCUUUUCGGAUCGUAGCCUGUCGGAUUCCUCCAUCCGACCCGCGAGCUGCUUUCUGCUGGCCGCGAGCCUCUCCGGUGCAUCGCUAUGGAUGUGGUGUGGAUGCUGCCGCUGCUGCUGCUGCUGCUGCUGCUGCUGCUGUUUCCACUCCUGAUGUGGACCAGCAGCACGUUCCUUUUUUAUUUCAAAAAGUUCUUCUAUGUGGCCUGGAUGAUGUUAUUGGCCCUGCUGGGGAUUCCCGUGUGUUUAUUGAAAAGCGGAGGUAGAGACGUGGAGAACAUGAGGGUUAUCCGCGCGAUGGUCCGCCAUGUCAAGUACUUUUUUGGCCUUCGAAUUGAAGUGAGCGGCUGGGAGCACCUGCAGACAGUAGGUCCUUACAUCAUCAUCUCCAACCACCAGAGCUCUCUGGAUGUUCUCGGAAUGAUGGAGAUCCUACCCGACCGCUGCACCACGAUAGCCAAGAAGGAGCUGGUUUACGCCGGCACGGUGGGCCUCAUCUGCUGGCUGUCUGGCAUCGUUUUCAUCAACCGCAAGAAGACAAGCGAUGCCAAGAGUGUCAUGGCAGACGCUGCCAAAACCAUGCUUGACCAGCAGAUUCGAUUGUGGGUUUUCCCAGAGGGAACACGCAACCAGAAUGGGGAUCUGCUGCCCUUCAAAAAGGGAGCUUUCCACCUGGCGGUGCAGGCACAAGUUCCUAUCGUUCCUGUAGUCUUCUCCUCCUACAACAGUUUCUACCUUCGAAAAGAAAAGCAGUUCAAUUCAGGAACCAUCAAGUUGAAGAUCCUUCCAAAGAUUGAGACAAAGGGAAUGACCUCAGAGGAUGUGUCAUCUCUGUCCGACCUGUCGCAUAGCCUGAUGCGUACCGCGUUCCUGGAAAUCUCUGACUCCGUACCCCAGAGCAACGGGCCCCUAAAGCACUGAAUAUUGGCCCCCGCCACCCCUGACGGAGACCCCCCAGCCGCCCAAGACCUCUCUGCUUUUGCCAAGUUUGUCCCGCGGCCCGCCCAGGAAAUGACACAGGGGCGUAUUUGUCCUCGUCCAGCGAGCCUCUGGCCUCGAUCGUACAGCUCAGUCAGUCCUGACCCUCGGCGCCGCUCUGCUCGGCGCGAGCGGAGUGACGGACGGCAAGCCGAACAGUAUGGAUGUGUCGCUCAUGCAUGCCUUUCAGAUGACUCUGUCCACCUUCACUGUAGCUGUGUACUUUGGCUUCAUCGUCCCAGUUAAUAUUAAUUCUUUUGCCUUUCUCUCUGCUUUUGUAGCCAUCUGACUUCUGUUAAACACAUAAACUUUGGCUGUUUUUUUUUUUUUUGCGGGGUAAUCAUAACAUCACUAGAUAUUUAUUUGCUCCUAUCAGAUACCCUUAUUUCAUUUCGUACCCCAUCAUCUGUCUGCUUUUUAAUGUCCUGAGACAUUUCUGCAUUCCAGUCUGCUUAAACGGCCAAUGGAGCGGGAUCUCCAUGAGAGGUAGAGCAAGCGGAGGAGACGACACGAGUUCAGUUCUUCUGUCAUAUCGGCUGAACUGCGUCAGAAAGCAAGGAUUGCAAGAUGCCGUGUUUAACAAUCGCACCCCAUCUGUGAUAGAUGAACAAGCUUAGUAAACUGAUCGGUGUUCUGUGUUUGUGGUCUUUCCAAAGCAGCAGAGAAAAAAAGAAAACUUGGCGCUGCGAUCAGCCGCAAAUCUCCUUUGGCUUCAUUUGCUUUGUUGCUGUAUUUAUUAUUUCCCCAUAGAAUUAGAUUCUUUUUUUUCUUUUCUCCUUGCUUUUUAAAAGCAAUGGCUUUUCCUUUCCUUAGGAAAAAUCCAGAGGACAUAUUUAAGAUGUCGAAAGGUGACUUUGUGUCUUGAAGUGAUGCCGUUUUAGCAUUACAGUUCCAAAGUGCAAGCUACCUGCUGUGCCAUGACAUUUCCUAUAAAAAUUCAAAGCAAUGUUUAUUAAUGACCUUCUUUUCCCAAUAAUAUGAAGCUGAUCUAAUAGACUAAUUAUCUCUCUCAAUUAGCUGACCUGUACUUAGAUAACAAUUUAAGUUGGAAGUGUAUUUUGAUUGACUGAAGCAAGUUUUUCCUUUCUUCUUUAUUUAAAGUAAUGUUUUAGUUGGGAUGUUUUUGAUCUAAGUUAUGGCUGAACUUCUCUAGAGAAUUGAUUGCAUUAUUUAAAAGAAAUUGUGAAGAUUUUGGCCUUAUUUUUGUUUUUUUGUUGUUGAU